AAGAAGAGAAGAGAGAGAGAGAGAGAGAGAGAGAGAGAGAGAGAGCAAACGAGGUCUGAUACUGGUAGGAGGACUCACAAGAAGGCGGCCAUAAUGGCUUGACGCGAUCUCGAGCGAGCGGCUACAGCUGCUGCGAAAUAUCCGCGCCGCCGAGUUCCUCUCGCUGUUGCUGCGCGCAACAUAUUUUGCAACAUCGUACUGCAAACACAUCGUAUAUGCGAUCUCCGUCUGCCAUUGGAAAGCAGCGGAUUACUACGUAAUCGGCUGCGGGUAGUGUUAACCGGGCGGAGUCUCAUGUUGUUCGCUGCCGUGAGCGUGUCGCAUGUCUCGCGUACACUCAAUAGGCUUCUGAGUCACGUCCGCGACUCGGCAACGCGCGUGAGAAGGAAUUUGCCGGUUGGUAAUUAACGUUCAGGAAGAAUUCGUAUCCUCGGAUGUCGUUGCCGCCAUUGGGAAGAUCGAUGCUUAUCGUGGGACCAACGUAUCUUGCAUUGAAAUCUCCAAAGUUUUCUCUAUUCAAGACAGUUCUACACCAUCGAGUGUCGCUUCUGUAUAACAGACGCAUCUGAGCUGUAUAAAAUAAUUUGUUGAAAAAACUCGAAGCGGCUAACCUUUUGGAAUUUCAUAUGCCAGAGUCAAUAGAAUUUAUUAAAAUAUACAUGUACGCAAUUUGUAAACAAACGAAUUAUUAAUAGAUUUUAAUCGCGAUCUUUGUAUCGCCAAAUUGAGCUUUAAAUUAAAUCAAAUCUAUAUUAAUUACAAGUCUAAAGAUGAGGGGAGCUAAUCAAGAUACAGCGACGCCGUAUUGUCGGUGCAGAGUGCUCUACCUAGGUAGCUCGGUACCUCACGCGAGCAAAGAGGGGCUGCUGGGUGUUCAGGAACCUUUGAGAGAACUUCCCGAGCAGGGUGCUCUAGGUGCACGCGGAAUCGAUUCCUGGUUAAGCGUUUGGAGCAACGGCUUACUCUUGGAAAACGUCGACGAACAUCGCAAGAAGGUCACGCGGUUCUUCCCCAUCGAGGCGCUUCACUAUUGCGCCGCGGUCAGACAUGUCAAAGGUGGAAACGGUGAUUCGUCCAACACGCGAUUCCUGCCGUUGGACUCGCCGUUUGCACGAACACCCAGCGCCAAUCAUCCGCCCUUAUUCGCCGCCGUAUUGCGAAGAACGACCGGUAUCAAGGUUCUGGAAUGUCACGCGUUCAUCUGCAAGCGAGACAUGGCGGCCAACGCCCUGGUAAGGUGUUGCUUUCACGCUUACGCCGACAGCAGUUACGCGAAGGGUCUGGAACCAUCAUCGGCAGCGACCAACGGAGUCACCACGGCUCACCAACAAUCCAACAACAGUCUAUAUCACACUCUAGGCGGCUCCAGCCGCACCACUCUAGACAGUCCUCAAGCACCGGUUGGAUACACGUCGAACGACGACCUCAGUCUGUAUAACGGCGACGAACACAAAGUCUGGGCGAGGGGUCGCGACGAAGUCGAUACUCUUUAUCAGGAACAAGGUACCCUGCGAAGCACCAAGGGAUCCAGACCACGUCAAUUGAUCGCCCCACCGCCGCCGCCGCCACCGCCGCCUCCUCCCGCUCAACCAUUAAUGCUGGAGGAAUCUUCCUCUUCCUCCGCUCGACGAAAGCUACAAAAGCUGAAGAAGAUGAAGACUCGUUCGUUGCACGAGGAAGCGUUGCAACAGCAUCAGCAGCAACAGCAAUUUCUCCAUCAUCAGCUCCACCAAGGCGUAUAUGCCAACGGUCACGGACAUCACACUCUGGGUCAUCCCAUCAGGCAACAACACUACCACCCUCACCCUCUACCACCCAGUAGUCGAUCCGUCGCCGGUACCCUAGCUAGCCCAACCCCGGUGCUCUUGGUACCAGCAGCGAUGCCGCGCAAGAGUCAUCAUCAUGCGCGUUUAAGACCGAUUCCAGCUGCGACACCAAUAGUACCGGUCUACGCACCUUUACCGUUGGUACCACCGUCCGCAGCACCGACGGCGGCCAUUUAUCCGGCAGGCACUUAUGGCACCGCCGGAAACAGAGGCAGAAGACACCCGGAGGCGGAUAAUUCGACCUUAAGCACGUCCAGAAGAUUAGCUGCCUCUCACGCCGAUCUUACCGCGCCGGAAGUCGCCCGGCAGGCGGACAGUCCGGAGACGAGUCUCGCUUUUGGUACCGGCAUAUAUCGGCGAAGGGUCAUCUGA